AUGGCGGCGAUCCUCGUCCUCUGCGGCCUUCCUGGCGCCGGCAAGUCGACGUUUGCCCGCGCCCUAGCAGACGCUGCUUUGAGGACGUACGAGGUGCACUACAUUAGCUUUGACGAUGUCUUUGUGGCGCGCUUCGCGGCGAACGACGGUUCGUUUGCGCCCGAGCAGUGGAAAGACGCGGUUGCUGCCAUCUACGUCGAGGUAGAGCUCGCGCUUGCUGCGGCCUCGAUGAGUGGCAAACCCCGUGUACUGCUCUUGGACGACAACAUGUACUAUCGCAGUAUGCGCAAAAAGUACCUGCAGCUGUGUCGACAGCGUAACGUGGGCUUUGGCGUGAUUCAUGUGGACACGCCGCCGGACCUUUGCCGCGCCCGCAACGCCGCAAGGCCAAACCCGGUGCCGGACGUUGUCUUUCGCCGAAUGCAAGCUCUCUUCCAGCCACCUCGUCCAAGCGCGCAACCGUGGGAAGCCCGAUCUAUCGUCAUCGACUUGAGUACCGCCGACUCCACGCCACAUGCGCUUUGCGCAGCUCUCGCGAUGAUCGCUGAGGCAGUCGCGGCGCCAGAAGUCGACACAGCCCAAGAAAGCAUGCUUGAAAAGGAACGCAGCCGAGCGGCGACCAUUGCCAGCGUGCUCCACCGAGCAGACCUCGUCUUGCGCCAGCUCGUGGGAUCGAUCCUUCGGGAUGCCAAGGAGUCCAACACGACUUCGCUUCCGACGCUCGCCAAGCACCUCGCACGAGCCAAAGAGGCGGUUCUCCGAGACCAGGCACGCGAUGCAUGCGACACCGACGACGACGUUGUCGAUAGCCUCGUGGCGGCCUUUCUGCGGCAAUGUCAAUCGUUUCAAUAA